AUGAAGUUCACUAUCGCUACCCUUGUCACCCUCGCCGUCUCGGCCAUCGCUAUGCCUUCCAUCAACGGAAACAAGCCCAAGAAGCUCUCUCUCUCCCAGGCAAGCGGCCUGUGCCAGGCUGGCAAGGUUUCUUGCUGCAACCCCAAGAAGGACAUUAGCGGCGAUGGCGUUCUCGGUAACCUCCUCGCUGAGGGACUUCUGAACAACUUGCUCGGCGUUGGUGACUCCGCCUGUGCCUCCCAGAGCCUGAUCAAGAACCUGAACGUUCUCGGCUUCACCGAGGAGGGUCAGGAGGGAACCACCUGCAAGAACACUAUUGCUUGCUGCCCCACUGGCGGAGAUUGCACUGCCAUCGAGGCAUAA